CCAAAUCCAACGAACUUUACAACCAACGCCUGCUUCAACAAUAUCAACAACAAUGAAACUCUUCAUCUUGGCUGUGUGCGCUAUUGCCGCCGUUUCGGCUGAUGUCUCCCAUCUGAACUUGGGCGGCGGUGGCCGUGGCUACAACUACGAGAAGCCAUCGACAGCUUUUGAGAUUGGUGGCAACACUGGCGGUCACUCGGUUGGCCACUCUGGUGGUCACUCCAUCGGUCACUCCGGUGGCUUCACUGACGUUGCUCCCGCUCCAGCCUUCUCUAUUCCUGCUCCAGCGCCCGCUCCAGAGUAUCUGCCUCCUCAUCAUGAGCAUCACGAGCAUGAGCAGCACUUUGCCGCCCCAGCUCCUGCUCCAGUCUACUCUGCCCCAGCAGCUGCGGUCCCCAGCUUCGGCGCACCUGCUCCCGAGCAAGAAUAUCUGCCACCUGUGCAGGACAUUCCCGCCGCCGCUCCUGGUUCCAUCUACUCCGCCCCCGGCAAUGCCGCUCCCGCUCCCGAGUAUCUGCCUCCUCAUCAUGAACAUCACCAUGAGAUCCACCACUCUGGCCCAGCUCACACUCCAGUCUUCUCCGCACCCGCACCAGCCUUCUCCGGCGCUCCCGCUCCUGGACCCGAGUAUCUGCCACCCACCCAGGACUUCGGUAUUCCCUCAUCUGGCCCAGCUUACGCUGCUCCCGCACCCGUUGCCGAAUACUCCGCCCCCGGCUUCUCUGCUCCCGCACCUGGCUUCGCCGCCCCAGCUCCCGCUCCCGAAUAUCUGCCACCCCAGCACGAGAUUCCCGCUCCAGCUCCCGCUCCCGUCUACUCAGCCCCAGCUGCUGCUCCCAUCUUCUCAGCUGCUGCUGCCGCUCCCAUUGCCCCCUCCAGCGGCAUCGCUGCCCAGGAGAACGGCUAUGACUACAGCGCACCAGCCAAGCGUUUCCGUUUCUAAGCAAACACAUCCUCAUCCCAUCCUCAUUGCUGGAGCGAACGCUUGUUAAAUUAACAAGUCGUUGCGUCUCCUUGUUGUUGAUCUUUUGUUGUUAAUAUGCAAAGUUUCUGUUGAGAUU